CGAACAAUAAGGGAUGGGGCUUGCGGCGUAUUCCUACUAUUUCCUACCAGAAUUACUGUUCGGCCGGCGAGCAACGUCAACCAGUGACAGUGUCCGCUCCUAGGGCUAGUGAGCCCUCACCGCGCGCCCUUUUCGUUCGCCGCUCCGCAGGCGCCAACAAAACUCGCAUCCCUCAUCCAAACACCGGCAGCAGGCGAGGAACAGCUAAUAUUUUUCUGAUACAGACCUUAUCGAGAUCAAGAUGGCAGCCACGCCGCACUACCUCCACGGCCUUUGCUGCCACCGGUCCUCCAAACAGCUCCGUCAUCUCCCGGCACUUCUCCUUUUCCUCUCGUCCGCACAUGAAGCUUCUGCCCACGACCGAGACCACGACCACAGUCACCACCACUCCGAACACGAAGCGGAAGAGGCCUCGGAAACACGUCGCCAGCUGCUGCAAGACUUCUUCGGGGAGCACUCGCCAAAUGUGGAGCUGCGUUGGAUCGGCGCGCAUGAGAGACAGCUGGUGGAUGAGGAAGCAGACAAGCAGAAACGGGAAACAAGCAGGGCUAAAUCCCAUUCAACAACAUCUGCGAAGAAGCGUCAGCUCCUGAACCGGUCCCACAUCUCCACCCACCCGGAAGAUUUGAACAUCGAGAUGACCAUUGGAACCAAAAAAUUUGACGUCCACUUGAAGAAAAACCGCCAGCUGGUGACUGCCAACGCCGAGCACGUCCUGGACUACGGGAACGGACAGGUGGAAAGACAGCCGAUGGUGAUAUGCAAGAAAAAAGCUGUGUGAGUGUAUAGUCUGUGAUGCAGAAAAUGCAAAAUUGUUUACGCGCGUCAUGCUGGAUGUGCGUCAUAGGCAGCUUUAAUAUGUGUUUCCACGUACCAGCUGCGCAUGACAGGUUUUCCCUGUAAUGCAAGGCGAGUUUGUGAUGCUGCUUUUCCUACAAAUUUACACUUACACAGUUUUUUUCCUGGAUAGGUGAAGGAGCUGUGCUACUACCAGGGAACGGGAGUGGAGAUGGAUCAAGAGAAGCUCGUUGCAACCGGGAAGAAGCAAAAAUCUGCGCAUUUGGUGAUCGGCGCACACAGCUGCAACCCGAAGGGGUUGGACGCGUUGGUGCGGAUGAAAGUGGUGGAAAACGAAAUUGAAAACAUUUUGGAGGAAAGCGGGGCGCAGCGGCAGUUGCAGAAGGAGCUGUCUUCUUCCACUGUCAUUUUCACUUUGUUGCCAGACGAUGCGGACACGAUGAACAACAGCGCGGCAUUGGAUGUCGGCAAGGGAGCAGGCAGCACGAAAAACUACAACAUCGAAAUUCCUGAAGAUUCUCCUCUGAAGCACAACCUCCGUUUCCUUUCCCCGACCGACCGCACGUCCGAAUACCACACCGAUGUGCAGUCCUACGUCCGACAGCUUUCCGUUUCCGGAACGGAGAAGUACGUCGAGGUGCUUGCGGUCAACGACAAAUCUCGGUACGAUUUGUUUGGUGGCACGCCUGCCAGUACGCCGACCAUGGCGGCGCACACGACCGCGGUGAUGAACUUGGUAAACACGAUUUACAUCAACGAAAACAGUAACAGCAACCCGUCCGCCGGGACCUUUGCGAAAAACAUCAAGAUCGUGUUGAUCGGGCAGCACACAUACGUCAAUGGCGAUCCGUACGAGGCGACCGUGACGAAGGUCGGGUCGGAAACGGAUUGCAGCGACCUGUUGUCCAAAUUCAACGAGUGGACGCGGACGAAUUUGGAGUCGGGUAAUGUCGUCGCGCACGACAACCGGGUGUUGUUGAGUGGCCGGGACUUCGACGGGAGCACGGUCGGGUUAGCGGGGAUGGGGGUGAUGUGCUUGGUCAGUCGGAGUGGAAACGUCAACAUGUGCGCGCAGACCGAGAGUGCGAAGGUAUAGAAGUGCUUGAUUUAUUUGGUUGGGAGUCCGAGUAUAGAGGUGAAGGUGUUCAUCUUCGCAUGACAAAGUGUAAUCCUUCUGUGAAAAGAACCUGCAUGAUAAUGCAAAAACCCCCACCGCAUCACCAAAACCCUGCAAAAAAUCCCAGGCCGACUGCGCCGCCGUGAUCGCCCACGAGGUCGGUCACAACUUCGGCAUGAAUCACGAUGGCGGCGGCAGCAACUCCGCCUGCCCCCAGUCCGGCUUCAUUAUGGAGGCAGUUGGUGGCGGCGAUGCCAGCAUAUGCAAUACAAAUAUCCUGUACACGUACAAAAUGCAUCACAAAUUUCGCCAGCUUAUAUUGGCAUAGCGUCUGUCAUGCUGUUGCUGAUUGGGAUUGAAAGAAACUUUUGUCAUGCACAAACCGCAUUGGUACGUCUUGCACGGAAAAUUUACUAUGGAUACAGCACCCGCUUUUCCGACUGUUCAGCGAACAAUGUCAACACGUUUUUCACAGAGUCCUACGUGGACAACGGACCUUGCCUGGAAAACCAGCCCUCCUACGUGAUGGGUGACCCGGUGUGCCGGAACGGGCUCGUGGAAUCUGGGGAGGAUUGCGACUGUGGCGCUUCCGACUGCAGUUCCAUCGACGCCUGUUGCAACGGCGCAACCUGCAAGUUCGCCCAAGCUUCCUACCAGUGCUCCGACGCCACUGGCCCGUGCUGCAACAACUGUAUGUUCCGGGCUGCCAGCGAGAAUUUUGUCUGUCGGGCGAAGAAAAACGACGAUUGCGACAUCGCGGAGACCUGCGCGGGAGGAACGAAAGAGUGUCCAAAAGACACGUACGAGUACCCCGGGAAAGCCUGCACGACCACCUACGCGCAAACGGGGGUGAGUUACAGUGGGAGCUGUAUGGGCGGCAUGUGCGGGUCGAUGAACAAAACCUGUUCGGUAGACAUCCAGAACAUGUUCGCCGCCUCGUCCGGGAAAAAUUGGGAUUUGUCCACCACCUGUGAGCGGUACAACGACCCGUGUGGGAGUCUCGUCUGCCACGAGAAGGGGCAGGCGUCGACGGAAUGCGGCCAGUACUUUUCCACGCAUGGGAAACAAAUGACGGUGCCCGAUGGCACCCCCUGUUGGCACAAAUCGAACCCCUGGGAUGUCCGGAACGGGAUGUGCUUCCAGAAUCAAUGCACUCUCCCCUCCGCGCUAGCCGUUUCUCCCGUUUGCGGGAAUGGGGGGAUUGAUUACGGUGAGGAGUGCGACUGCGGCGGCGCGACGACCGACACGUGCUGUGAGUGCCCCACCUGCAAACUGAAGUCCGGCGCCCAGUGCGCGGGCGGGAACAGCCAAGAGCUGUGCUGCGAUUUAUGCAUUGCAAAUAUGUCUGGGUCUGGAAGGUUGCAACUUGUCAUGGUAAAUCCGAAGCAUGCACAAAUCUGUGUUGCAUGAGUGCCAAAAGCUGUCCACUUUUGACCAAGUUGGAAAGGAAUUUCUCGUGCAGGAUAGGCAUGGCAGAGACCUCGCAGAGUCUGUCAUGCUAAGUCCCGCACUGCAGCCCUCAUGGGUCAUGGAAAAUCUGCAUGACAAGUCUACACUCUUCCAGUCCCAGACACUUUUGCACUUGAUACGAUUCCUCCACCUGUCAGUUCAAAGCGGCGGGAACGGUUUGUCGGGCGGCGGUGGAUUCGCAGUGUGACGAGGCGGAAACCUGCAGCGGGUCUUCUGGUGUUUGCCCCAGUGACAAGGGCAAGCAGUGGGGAACGAGUUGCACCUACGCUGCGGAUUCGAAAUCUUCUACCUGCUACGCGAAAACCUGUGUCAUGACCAAGGACAAGCAGUGCGAGGCCGUGACGGCGGAACGCGCAACGCAGUUUCCGUUGCGGGAUUCAGAUGACACAAGCAGCUCGUGCGCGGCCUUGAUGUGCUGCCGGCAGUACACCUCUGGAGGGACCUUGUGGACCAGUUGCAGCAAACUGACGACCUCAACCUCUUUCACCGUCGACGGUGUUACCAACACGAUCUACCUCGGCGGCCCCUUGACCGGUACGCAAUUGGUCAACGGGAAGACGAACGAAGACAGUGCUGUCACGGUUUCUGGAACGAAACUCUGUAUGCAUUGCACCAAAGGUAUCGUACUAAUACAAAUUGCAUUACAAAUCGACUUAGCAUUUACGAAUCGAAUUUGUAAUGCGGAUUUGCCUUAAGCAAAAGAUUUGUAAUGCAUAAACGCAAUUACUACGAGUGCGAUGCUUGUGCACUGCAUACUCUGCAUCCGGCAGCAGUACUUCACGCCGAAAACCGCCUCGGAUUGCGCUACUGGAACCUACCUCGAAACCUCGAUUGGUGAUUGCGUGAACUGCGAUUCCGCGUGCACCGCGUGCUCCGGCCCGACGGCGUUCGAGUGCGUUGGCGCCUGCAAGGGGGACGCGCCAAAGGACACUCGGGGGGCGUGCCCGCCCUUCGACGUGAGUAGUGGAACGGUUGGCGGGAAUGUGACGGUGAAUCAGACGGUUCUGAUCGCGCAAACUGUGUAUCAAAUGCAAAAAGAUCCAAUAGGCGUGGGCCUGUAGGCCUAAAUUCCGGUCGGUUGGUCGGUCGGUUGGUUGGUUUUGGACAGACGACAAUUGACCGAACCCGCUCCAUUGUGUUUUGUGUUUUUCUGAGAUUCGUCUAUUAUUACUGUUGAAGCUGCCGACCUACCCACCUACCUGGCGUCUUUUCGAUUCAUUGUAGUACCGUGAUCGCACCGAUCCACCUACCUACCUAUCCCUUGCCACCCAGAGACAGCUGCCUACUGGUCACGCCUACCGACCUACCCACCCACAUGGUGGGUAGGUGGGGCGAGGGAGCGCGCGCUGCCUAUUGGCCACGCCUACCGACCUACCGACCCACCAGCCUGGUGGGUGGGUGGGGCGAGGCAGGGCUCGCUGCCUAUUGGCCACACCUACCGACCUACCCACCCACCUCGCUGGUGGGUGGGUGGGGCGAGGGAGCGUGCGCUGCGUAUUGGCCACGCCUACCGACCUACCCACCCACCAGCCUGGUGGAUGGGUGCGGCGAGCAAACGCUGUCUAUUGGCCACGCCCACCGACCUACCCACCCACCUCGCUGGUGGGUGGGUGGGGCGAGCGUGCGCUGCCCCUUGGCUACGCCUACCGACCUACCCACCCACGGGCCUGGUGGGCGGGUGGGGCGAGCGUGCGCUGCCUAUUGACCACGCCUACCGACCUACCCGCCCACCUCGCAGGUGGGUGGGUGGGGUGAGCGUGUGUUGCCUCUUGGCCACGCCUACCGACCUACCCACCCACCUGCCUGGUGGGUGGGUGGAGCGAGCGCGCGCUGCCUAUUGGCCGGGCUGCCGAGCGACCUACCCACCCACCAGGCAGGUGGGGGUGUGGGGCGAGCGUGCGCUGCCUACUGGCCACGCCUACCGACCUACCCACCCACCUGCCUGGUGGGGGGGGGCGGGGCGAGCGUGCGUUGCCUAUUGGCUACGCCUACCGACCCACCCACCCAGCUGCCAAGCGGGGGGGGGCGAGGGAGCGUGUGUUGGCUAUUGGCCACGCCUACCGACCUACCAGCCCACCUGCCAAGCGGGGGGGGAGGGGGUGGGGCGAGCGUGCGUCGCCUAUGGCCCAAUCUAUUAGCAGGGGGCUUGCAAGCAAGGGACUCGCGAAGCCAAGGGGUUGCGCAAAAAGCCCCCGCGCGGCUUGACCAAGCGGGGGCUGAUCCAAAUUUUGCGCGAAUUUGUCUCUAUUUCCCAAGUGUGUUUUGCUUGGGUUGAGGAAACGCAGGCCGUGGCUGGAGAAAAGUGCAGCAUUGGAGCCCCGACCUCUUUCUAUCUCACAGGCGCAAACUCUCACGAGGCCCCCUGGAGCUCCGAUUGCGUCCACGCAGCACAGAUCUGUGUCGGCAGCGAGCUGCGCGCAACACUGCUUUGUGUUGCGCGCAACACAGAUGCGCGCCCACGCAACACAGAUUUGUGUCUCCGGCGAGCUGCGCGCAACACAGAUUUGCGCGCAACACGCAGCACAGAUUUGCGCGCAGCGCCGAUUUGUGCUGCGCGCACGCAGCGGAGAUUUGUGUCUGCGGCGAGCUGCGCGCAGCACAGAUCUGUGGCGCGCGCAACACAGAUUGGCGUCCACGCAUCAACACAGAUUUGCGUCUGUGUUGCGUGGACACAUCGAACUCUCCUUCUGCCGAGACCUUUCUGCCGCCCUGGCGGAAGUGCCUACUGGGCGGCGAUAGGAUGCGGCGCUACCAGCCUCGCAGGGGCGGGCUGCAGCCCCGGUAGGGAGGCAGGUGCGCCGCGCGCCCCGACCACCCCCCUAUCGUGUUUCGCCCUCCUUGCCGUUGCGGUUGUCUUCUAAAUCCGAAACCGAUAUGCGUUUUUCCAUAAGUCGGAAAUUCGGUCAAUUGUCGUCUGUCCAAAACCAACCAACCGACCGACCAACCGACCGGAAUUUAGGCCUACAGGCCCACGCCUACUCAAAAGAUCGUGCUAACUAGUACAAGAAGUUCAAGUUGCUGUCUUGCAUGACAGAUCUAGCAUUUUUAUUUUACCGAAAUCUGCAUGACAACGACAAGCUUUCUCCCCAUUGAGAAAAUCAAAAUUUGUCACGCGAUUUCGAUUUGUACUUAGUGCUGUGCUUUUGCAAUGCAUAAUUUCACGACAACCACUACUUCCGGGACCAGUGCAAGCGGUGGGACGAGCAGCAGCAGUGGCACGACGACCACGACAUCGCCUACGACCAGCACAUGUAUUAAUUAAUACGUUAGAAGCGUCUUCGGUUUUGUUUCAAAAAUAGCAUGAGAAACUCUAGAAGAUGAUAAUGAACUUGCCAUGCGUAAUUGACGUUUUAUCGUACUAUCCUACACCAUCAAAACUUCCCCGUACUACUUCAGCCACCACGACCUUCGCCGCUGGCGAGUACCGGCAAACGCUGCGCUGCGUGAUGCAGGUCCCGACCGGGUCGACCUCGGAAACGCUGCUGGCCAACACAAACUUUGUGUCCGCUUUGAAGGCCGGACUGGCCGCGAUGUUCGGCGCCGCAAGUAUCACUGACGCGGAUGUGACGAUUAAUAGCGUCACCAUCGUAGUCCGCCGAAUGUUGGAGGAAAAGCUGUUCAUGGAAAAGCAACAAGAACCGGUGAGAACUACAAGCAAAAACAGCGACACGGACACUGCUGACCAAGAAGACGCCUUUUCCCUCCGUCUGCUGACAUCCAACACGACCUCCAACGAACCGACAUUGGAUGUCGACUACACGGUGGCGACCACCGACGCUGCAGAGGCAGCUUCUGUCGUCGCGCUGGUGCAGAACGCGAACGCCGCGACGGUGUCUUCCGCGUUUCAGACCCACGUCGGCGCGGCGCUGGUGAAUGCGGGCAUUGCCUCGGACUUUCAAGCGAAGUCGGCCUCCGCGGUUUUGUCGAGCAGCACGCCGGCGAGCAGCGGGGGAACUGCGGCGGUGAGCAGCUUCGCGACGGGGAAAUUUGGGUUGGCGUGGAGUGCAUUUGCGAUUGCGACGCUGGGCACAACUAUGGCUGCGGCGUUGGCGUAACACGUCGUGGGCACCGCCGGACAGCAGCUGCUAGUCCUAGCAGUGGUGCUUUUUGACUACUUGUUACACUUUGAAUUUUUUUGAUCACCGAUGAAUUUGCGUCGUUUGUUGAUAUCGAUCAGCUGGAAAGAAACAAAAAUAUCUCUAUGUUACACACGUCACGAUGCUGCCACGUUUGCAAAAUGUAACUAUUUCAACUGUAUCUAUAAAGGAAUACGCAAUUUCAACGCUUGCAACUUUUCUAUGUUUGAUAAAACGAAAAUCUUCAUCUUGACAGGCUUGAUCCUAUCGUCCUUAUUUGACACCUUCUCCAUCUUCACGUACAACUCUUGCCUUCGUCGACUUUUGGGAAAGUACUUACUUAUUUUAGUUUUACUCAACCUUGUUUGUGCCUUUUAUGGGAAACACCUUCGAAGAAAAUAAACAACAGCUGCUACUUUCUUUUGUUUCCUCAGUCUGGAAAACUCCAUGACUGACUAGUUUGUUCGGGGGACAGAGUACAGAGAGAGAACCAUGAGCGACGAGAAGUGAAGAGAACGGAACUAGAACUGGACGAAACCAACCUAGCGCAUUGCUCUUGACCGGUGGGGGCCCUGCGAACGAAUCUGGAGGGAUGUUUGUCUGAGAGUCGGGAUGGAAUGGCAGGAGAGGCGAGCCUAGUUGCAACGCCGAUGCUGCUCUCAGCGACGAAUUCAAGAACCAACAAGACACGAGGAGCGUAGUUUGACGCCCUGAACGUUGACAGUGCAGCGCCG